AUGCCCAUGUUAACACAAUCCGCGAACGCGAAUAAAGAAAAAAAAAGGAUUGGGGAUGAAUUGAAGUCGAUAAAGACGAUUGUUUUAAUGAUUAUCAUGUGCGUAGUUUCAAAGAUUGAAUCGCUCAAAAUCAAUUUACUUCAUGUGAAUUUCGAAAACAUCAAUAAACAUCAUCAAAAUUGUUCAACUGCACUUCGAAGUAAUUCAAUGGAACGAAGAUUUAAUGUCUAA